AUGGAACCCGAAGCCCUCAACAAGAGGACCAAGCUCGGCGUCACGUCCGGCGUCUACAUCCCGGUAUGCCUCAAUAUUCUCAGCAUUCUCAUGUUCUUGAGAUUCGGCCUGCUUCUCGUUGCCUAUCUCGUAGACUUUGUGACCACUCUUUCGCUCUCCGCUAUUGCUUCCAAUGGAGAGGUCAAGGGCGGAGGUGCCUACUACCUCAUCUCACGAUCUCUCGGUCCCGAGUUCGGCGGCUCUAUCGGCCUGCUCUUCUACCUCGCUCAGGUCUUGAACACGGCCCUCAACGUUGUCGGUCUUAUUGACUGCAUUAAACUCAACUUUUACGAUGUCAUGCCCCAUGGAUACUGGUGGGACUAUCUCUUUGAGACGGUUGCUCUGGUGGUGUGCACUGGGCUUUGCCUUGCUGGAAGCUCCAUCUUUGCCAAAGCCAGCAACGCGCUUCUGGUGGUGCUUGUCGUCGCCAUCCUCAGCAUCCCCUUCUCAGCCGUGUUCAACCCAGCCUUCAUUGAUGCGGACAAGGGGAUCGAGUUCACGGGCGUGAGUCUUGCAACCCUGAAGGCAAACCUCUUUCCACACACUACCGGCAUGGAGUAUGCCGGUUUUGAUACUUUUAGAAGUCUCUUCGGUGUCUUGUUUCCGGCAACUUCGGGUAUCUUUGCCGGUGCGUCCAUGUCGGGAGACCUUCGAAACCCCAGCAAAUCCAUUCCUCGUGGAACACUAUGGGCCAUGUUCUCGACCCUCAUUGCCUACUUGCUGGUGAUCUUUUCUUUGGCGUCUAGCACAACUCACAGCUCGUUUCUCCGGAACGGCAACGUUAUUCAGGAAACAAAUGUCUACCCUCCCAUCAUCUUUGCCGGAGAGUUCGCCACGACCUUCUUCUCGGCCCUCAUGGGAGUGAUUGGCUCUGCAAAGCUCAUGCAAGCUCUCGCCAGAGACAAGUUAUUCCCGGGUCUGUCAGUAUUCGGCAAGGGGACGAAAAAGGCGGACGAGCCUAUCGUUGCCAUCUUUUUGACCUACAUAUGUGCCCAGAUGGCCAUGUUUGCCAACCUUAACCAGAUCGCCACCUUGAUCUCCAUGGGAUAUCAGAUGACCUUCUUCGUCAUGAAUCUUGCGUGUUUCCUUCUCAAGAUUGGCUCGGCGCCCAACUUCAGACCGGGCUUCAAAUUCUUCAACUGGCAAACGGCCUUCAUUGGCAGCAUCCUCUCGGCCGCUGCCAUGUUCUUUAUUGAUGAGACCUAUGCCACCACGGCCGUCUGCCUCUUGGUCUUUUUGUUCCUGCUGAUUCACUAUCUGAGUCCCCCCAAGCACUGGGGUGACGUUUCGCAAAACUUGAUCUAUCAUCAAGUGCGCAAGUACCUGCUACGUCUCAAGCCCGAGCACAUCAAGUUCUGGAGACCCCAGAUCAUCCUGCUCAUCAAUAACCCGAGACGGCAAACCCGCCUUAUUCAGUUCUGCAACUCGAUGAAGAAGGGCUCCCUCUACAUCCUCGGCCAUGUCAUCGUCACUGACGACUUCACCAUGGGCGUCAACGAGGCCAAGAUGCAACAAACGGCUUGGUCCAAGUACAUCUCCGAAUACUCAAGGAUCAAGGCCUUUGUGCAGCUCGCCAUGUCUCCAUCCAUCACCUGGGGUGUCAGAAACCUGAUCUUGUCUGCAGGCCUAGGGGGCAUGAGGCCCAACAUCGCAGUGCUUGGAUUUUAUAACAUGGAUGACUUGCGCCGCUCCCAGUCCUCCCUCCAGGUUCCUGAGGCGCCCAUCUCCCCCGCAACGGCUGCCCGGACAGACGACAAGACGGAGACUCCGGUCCGCAGGAGGAAGAGAGGAGACACAUCGGCGCGCUUGAUGGAAGGGUCGUUGCCCACCGAUGCGAUCAAGACUGAAGACAUGAUGUCUGCCACGAGUUACAUGACGAUCCUGGAAGACUUGGCUCUGAGGUACCGUCUGAACGUUGCGAUUGGCAAAGGAUUUGAUACGCUUGAAACGCCUCGGAAGGAUAAGACGAACACCAAGAAGUACAUCGACUUGUGGCCUAUCCAGAUGUCUGCUGCGAUUAGUGCUGAUGGUCAGAGCGUUUUGACCACCAAUUUUGACACAUACACAUUGAUUCUUCAGCUUGGGUUCAUCCUUCACACCGUACCCGCUUGGAAAGCAGCACACAAGCUUCGAGUGCUCGUCUUUGUCGAAUACGAAAGCGAGGUCGCCGAAGAAAAGGUCAGACUCAAGACGCUGCUCAACAAGCUCAGAAUCGACGCCGAAAUCUUGGUCUUUUGGCUCGCCUCUGGUGACCUCUCGACUUACGAGACCAUCAUCCAGGGCCAUUACAAGAGUCCAGAGACGGAUAAUGUGGUUAACGAGUGUCUCAAGAACCAAGAAUGGUGGGAGGAUUUGCAAAACUACCGCAGCAGCCGGUCGAUGACGGGCUCACAAGAAUUUGCCUCGAUAUCACACGUCGUUGAAUCUACGUCGGGACGGCCGGGACUCUACAAUCCCCAUGCCCCGCCGCAGGAAGGACUCGAAAGGCGGCGCCAUAGUUUGGCGCAGCUGACGGAACUUCCCAAGAAGCCGACAGUGUCGCAGCUGGUCAAGAUGGGCAUCAGCAUGGGCAUUCACACACAAAACCUGCCCUUUAACGUCUUUGACAGCUCGGACUCGGAUAUUGGCAUUGAUAGCGAUAGCGACAGCGACUCCUCCGGCACGGCUGGCGCAGACGGGACGUUCAAUGACGCGGACAGUGUGGCAAGCGAGGGUGAAGAUGGCACAAGGCGUCCCCUCCUCGCGACAAUCCGCCGGCGAAGAAGCUACGGAGAUGUACUCGCCCCGGCACCAAGAAGCCCAAGGAAAGAGAGGAGGCCAAAGGGUUCGCACUCAUCGACACCGCGGUCUUAUGGGUCAAUAACACCGGUUCCACGGACUGCGAGUGACCUAAGCGUCAACCGACCCAGCAACGGUGGGGAGCGGUCAACAUCGCCCCAAGCCAAGCGUGGGAUCUUGAAGCCCGAAAGACCCCCUUUGGCGCGCCAAGGAUCGACGGCAAUGAGAUUCUCCAGCAACCUCGUCCCUCAGACCACAAUCACCAACGAGGAAGGCACCGGCCCAAGAAUCAUGUUUGCCGAAGAUUCUGGGACACGCAGCCCUGCCUUUUCCCGACAAGGUUCAGUUAUCGGUUUGUCAGCCAGAAUGGCCGAGGAUGCACCGCUUCUCGGAAGCGAUGAUAACGUGGCCGAUAAAAAGGUUGCGUUUGCAGAGGGUAUCAAGUCCCCGGCAAGGUCGCGUCGGAACUCGGCAUCAAAGGGACAGGAUAAUGGUGGCGACGCUUCACUCAACAUUGCCAGCUUGCUCGACUCUUACCAGCUUCCUGACGACGACGCCAGCAACAAUAACGGCUCGAGCUACUCUACUCAGGGGUUGGCUUUGUCAUUCAACGAUCUCCCGAGCCGCGCGCAGCAUUUGAUUCUCAACGAGCUGAUGCAUAAGCAAAGCAAGGACACGGCUGUCUUGUUCACCACACUUCCUAUUCCCGAAGAGAACACCUGUCAAAGUGAGGAGGCGAGUCUGGCAUAUCUGUCUGAUGUCGAGGUGUUGUGCAACGGCCUGCCGCCCACCUUGCUGGUUCUGAGCAACAACAUGACAGUGACCGUCAGUCUUUAG